UAUGACAUAACAUAAACUUAACCUGGCAAUUUUUUGAACAAUGGGGUUAGGAUAAUUCAUGAACUGAGUUUUAAAUUCGACUUUUUGGUAUAUUUGUCAUUCGUAAACAAUAGAUGUACCUUAAAUCUAAAAUACCACAAUGGCAGUACAACUACUAAAUAUAACUAAAACAUUUCAAAAGCUGACUGUCUCUGCUCGGUGUAAUCUGGCACCAACAAUUGUGAACCCCCUGAGAGAAGAAUUGUUUCAAAAACAAAUACUUGUUUGUAGUUCGACAAGAAAUGCGAAUUUCUUUAACAAAUUACCUGCUCAAGACCUUUGGAAAGGUAUCACAUCAGUGAGUAAUGCAGGAAAGAAAAGGGGUCGUGGAAAAAAUGUUUCCAAAUCCAAAAUAAAAAACUUGAAUAGAGGCCAAGUUAUGGGCAUAGGCAAAGCAAACAUCAUAUGGCCAGGUCUUUCCGCUCCGAUUCUAAGAGGAAAAGAACUGGUGGAGCAACAGCAGUUACCUGAAGAUCCAGAAAGAGAGAAGAAACUUAUCGCUCUGAGGGAUCAAAUGGGCAAGUUCAAGCAUCAGAAGUUGAGUCCCAUUGAGAGGGGGUGGUCAGGUGCCAAGCUCCCUGGUAGAAGUAUCGGGCCUCCAGAUCCAGUUGGAGAAGAUACUUUUGAGGGAUUCGAUACCAAAGUACUUGAAUUGAAAACCGUUUUUAAUAUGAAAGGAAAUUUUGGAAGAAAACGAAGACUCUCAGUGCUCAGCGUAACUGGGAACGGAAAUGGUGUUGGUGGUUUUGCUUUGGGAAAAGGACUAGAAACUAAAAUUGCCAUUCGGAAAUCUAAAAAUAGGGCAGGGCAAAAGCUUAUUCAUGUAAAGCGGUUCAACGAUCACACUGUUUGUCAUGACUUCUUUACCCAGUUUGCCACCACAAAGAUUUAUGUGUAUCAGAAACCUGAAGGAUACGGUCUUGUUUGUCAUAGAGCUAUAAAAACUAUUUGUGAAAUGGUGGGCAUCAAGAAUCUCCACGCCAAAAUAGAAGGUUCUAAAAAUGUUAGUAAAAUUACCAAAGCCUUUUUUUUGGGGCUUAUCAGACAGAAAUCUCCUGAGGAAAUAGCCGAAGAGAAAAACCUUCAUUUGGUCCAAUUCUGCAAGGAAAACAACUUUUACCCCACCGUUAUUGCAUCUCCAAAAGAAUGCCGGAAGCAGGAAGAAAUUCCCAAGGAUGAAAUUUUAGACUAUAAGCAGUACUGUUUUGACGGAAAGGUUGUUCUGAAGAAGAAGAAGCAUCCACCAUUUUACUCUACAUAUGAAUCUUAUGAAAUAUACCUCAGGAAGCAGGAGAAACUGAGGAAUCAAGAUCAAGUUAGAAAUCACUUAAUAUCCGAGUAUGGGGAAAUCAGAAGUUUUCUAGCCGAGAAAUACCCUGAAUGUGUGCAGUAUAGGCACCCAAAGAAGGUUUCAGAAGAAGAAGUUGAUGAAAAUGCCUAAUGUUGUUAUUGUGUCCAUAAUAUAUUCAAUAAAAAGUGAUUUGAAAAAUUUGAAUAUA